CUUCAACGUCGCGUUCUUUGCCGCGAAGAAACGACCGAUUUUGCAAAGAAACGAUUCGUGGCAGCGUGCUGUGCAGUGGUGCUCGCGCUGCUUGCUUUCGCGGGAGCGGGGACGUGAGUGAUAACAGUUUGUGUGGAUCUGGCAAGCGUGAAGCUGUUCCCAACACUGAGGCCACCCCCAUGACCGACGCUAGGCUAUGGCUGGAGAACCGGCGCAUGUCGGUGAACCCGUUCGAGUGGCUCGAGCCAGUGGACUACUCGUUUCUUAGACUGGCAGCGUUUAAUGAGGUGGAGGGCGAGGACCCGCGCACCGACAGUCACUGCCCGCGCGUCGACCCCGAGUCUAAGCGGUUCAUCGCCAGCACGGUGCGAUUCAACAACAACCACAUCACGGAGCUGCCGAGCCUGUCGGCCACGCUCGACUCCCUGCUCUUCGACCGCGGCAUGCUCACCUGGCUCGAUCUCUCCUUCAACGCCAUCGCGGCCAUCGACGCCAACCUGACGUGCCUGACCAGCCUGCGCGUGCUCUACUUUCACGCCAACCAGCUGGCCAGCUUGCAGGAGGUGGCCAAGCUGACGAUGCUGCCGUACCUGCGAGCGCUGACGCUGCACGGCAACCCGCUGGAGGAGGGCACGCCGCGCUACCGGACGCGCGUGCUGCUACUGCUGCCUGGGCUUCGCUCGCUCGACUUCAGCGCCGUCACGCGCCGGGACCGCGCAAUCGCCCAGUUUAACAUGCUGCCCAAGCCGCGGCCGCGCAGAAUUAAGGACGACGACGAUGACGCGGCCGUCUGAUGCGCUCCGUCCCAGGCUCACGGAAAUUUCGUCUGCGCGUAGGACU